AUGGCUGAACGAAUCCUUAUGAAUGAACUCAAUGCCCUUCAAAAGGAGAAAUGGGUCCACGCUGAAUUACGUGAUGACAAUAUCUUUAUAUGGGAUCUUGCCCUGAUUGUCGUCAACCCAGACUCCCUAUAUUAUGGCGGUUACUUCAAGGGCACCAUGAAGUUCCCCGCCAACUACCCCUAUGCCCCGCCCAAGUUCCGCUUCGACAAAUCCAUCCUCCACCCAAAUAUUUACCCCGAUGGCAGAUUAUGCAUAUCCAUCCUCCACCCCCCGGGCCAUGACGAAAUGUCCGGGGAGCUCGCCUCCGAGCGCUGGACCCCUGCCCAACGCGUCGAAUCCGUUCUGAUCUCCAUCUUGUCCCUCCUCGAUGAUCCAGAGUGUUCGUCCCCCGCCAACGUCGACGCUGCUGUCCUCCUGCGCGAUGACCCCGAGGCCUAUCGCCAGCGCGUCUAUGCCGACGUGGAGACCUCUCAAAGCGACAUCCCCGAGGGUUUCGAGAUGCCUACCCACGAGACCACCGCUCCCCAACCAGUGGAGAAAGAAGACCACGACUUCUGGGCCGAUAGCGAUGCCGACAGCGACGUCUUCGGUGGCAGCGACUCAGACGAUGAUCUCGCCACGAUCGAAUCCAGCAGUGAUGCGGAAAUGGAGGAUUCCGCCGACGAAUCGACCCCUGAGGAAUCUGCUGUGGAUGAGCAGACACCACGGAAGCGGGAGGUCAAAUCCCCCGGGCCUACCCUGUCUGGAAUAUCAAGCGUGACCCCAUCGCAGAGAUAG